AUGUCUGCGGCAAAAGCAACUACGGGGCUCGACUCUGCAAAUGCCAUCUACCGAUUCCUUCAUGGAUCUGCGGCAGCCUCUGCCUGGACCCCUUCUCCCACCAUCAGAAAAGUAACGCCAGUCAAGGGAGGUUCCACGAACCACACAUUCAGGCUACAUUUUCACAAGCCACUCGAAGCGAUUGGUGUCGCUGGAGAGUCCUUUCCCCCGAAAAGCGCUAUUUUCAAGUACUUCCCUGACAACAUUCUUCUGACCCCGGAAAUCAGCUUCAGUAGCCGGCGCCAGGCCUUCGAAGCUCGCGCUCUGACUGAUCUCGCCAAGCAUCUCGACUCUGCACCACGAAACGGCGUUCAGAUCAGCCUGCCCAAGUUACUGCACGCAGAUCUGGAUGAACAUUUCAUUAUAGUGGAGGAUCUGAGUCCAGAACGCGAUCUUGGCCAUCUCAAUUCCAGGUCCUCCAUCAACUGCGCCCAGUUUGUUGGCCAGGUGGGCACAGAUCCGUUCAAGGCUCGGGCCGCGGUCAAUGUUGCUCGAGCUCUAGGGACCUGGCUUUUCAGCUUGCAUUCGCUUGGCCGCAACAUGCGACUGGGGCUGCACAGUCGUUUCGACCACUUCGAGUCACGGAAGAUUCAAGAUCUGACGACACUGGGCGACUUCAUAAGGUGCAUUGAACUAUGUGGAGUCCAGCUGGAAUCUGAGCGGAAGCGGCAGCUUCACGCGAUCCUGAAGCAGCACGGAGACGAGCUGGUGAGAAGUGGCGAUGGCGGUACGCUUGUGAUGGGUGACUUCUGGAUGGGCAACUUCAUGAUUCGCCUGACAGGCGGUGGCGAGAUGGAGAGGAGCAAUGGACCGGGGCUCCGCGCCGAACCAUCUCAGGUGACAGAGGACACGGGCUCGACAUUCGACGUAUCUUCUGAGCCCAAACUUCUUGUGCACGUCAUAGACUGGGAGUUCACAACGUAUGCUCUGCCAUACAUCGAUCUUGCUCAUUUUGCAGCAGAAGCAUGGCUGUUCGAUUUCUUCCGGCGUCAGUCCGUCGGUGUGAGCACAAUAUCCCGGACCAUGACAGCCGCGCUCUUCGACUCGUACUCUCAGGCUGGAGGGACGAUUAAUUUGGACAAAGUUAUUGUCUACAUCGCUGGACACAUCGGAUGCUUCUUGCACUACACGGAUCACUGGACCAAGGACCAAGGCCUGAAAAUUGCAGCGUGCAUGCAAGCUGUGAGAAUGAUCGAAAAUGCAGCUGCUCAACGCUGGGACUAA